AUGCCCACCGCCCUACAAACAACAGCCCUAGGCUGGCUCCUCAUCUCCCUCGGCCACACGAUCUCAGCAAAAGACUGGCAAUCCCACCCCCAAGUCCGCACCCUCCCUAAUCUAGCCUACACCUGCGCAAAAGCAGGCUGGUACCAAGGAAGCGGGUUCUUUCUGAUGAACGCAUUAAUCAAUUAUAACUGGUCGCAGGAUCCGACUCUCCUCAGUGAUCCUGUUAAUCGGGCUUUGGCGGUCUUGAUGACGGCUAUUGUGGGGGUGAGUUCCGUGUGGUAUUUGAGGAGGGGGGUUAGGUCGAAUGGGAUUGUGGUGGGGGUUAUGGGGGCUUUGCAGGCUUGGGCUGUUUUUGGGAAUUAA